AUGAAGUCGAGCACCAUACCUGGAACUCCACCCAUCGAGAAGCAGCAGCAGCUGCUCGCCCAGCUCGAAGCGGUGCAACAGCAGAUCUGGAAGGAUGAGGAGCGCGCGGAGCGGGAUAGGGCGGAGCGGGAGAAGGUGGAGCGGGAGCAGCGGGCGAGGGAGGAGGUGGAGCUGCUGGAGUGGGAGAGGGCGCGUCUGCAGAAGAAGCUGGCGGAGCGGCAGCGGGCGGAGAAGGAGCGGGCGGAGAAGGAGCGGGCCCGGAAGCCUAUGUCGGGGCACGUCGAGUCCCACCGGAGUUCCCCGGAGGCUGGCCCCAGCAAACGCCGCCGCGACGACGACGACGCCGACGACGAUAACGACGACGACAUUGUCAACAUCACGCCCAAGCGGAAGCGGGCUCGGACGGAGACCGUGUGGGCUCCGGUCAAAAAAUCUUGCGCUGAGUGCAAGGAGAAGAGGAUCGCCUGCCUCUUCUCCGUGGGUUGUUCGCGUGUCCGGGCCUGUCAGGCCUGCGUGAGGUCCAAGACCAAGUGCACCGAAGGUCAGUGGGCGGACAAAACCCCUGCCGUCGUCAUCUCCGACAACGAGCCCCUGGUGACUCCCACUGGUCCGUCCACUCCCCGCAAGAAGGCAGCCCCGGCAGAGAAACCAACGGAGAAGGUGGGGCCUGCGCCUGGGUCCUCGUCCAAGGCCCGGGGGAAGAAGCGGGAGACGACGGCGGAGCGGGAGGAGAGGGAGCGGAAGCAGAAGGAGUUCGAGCGGAAGGAGAAGGAGAUCGACGACGCGGUGGCCCCCACGGAGGCCGAUCUCCCAUUCAGCCGGCGUGCUCAGAGGGAGAUUACGGUCCUCAAGACCCUCCGCUACGCCAUGUCGGAGAUCCGGCAGUUCCGGGAGGAGUUGGAGGAACUCCGGCGCGAGAUGCGCCUUACUCACAGCGCGAUCUCCGACCUGGCCCGGAGCCGGGAGGGGAUCUACCAGGAGUACUUCGGCGGGAUCACCAACCUCCUGGAGAGGGAGCCCUCGGACGGCGAGGAGCACCCGGAGUCAGACCCGGACUGGGCGGAGAUGGGAGAGUUCGGCGUGGGGGAUCCGGAUUGGGCGCUUGGGUCGGAGGCAGAGCAUGGACUGGAGCCGGGACAGGAGGAGGCGGGACAGGAGCAGGGGCAGGAGCAGGAGUAG